AUGGAAGGAACUGGAGGCAUCGACAACCCGGCUUUCGUCCCAUCCAGUCCCAGCCUCCCCCGCCAUUCGCCGGAGCCUCCUGCCGAGGGGGAGGACGCCAAGGCGCCCUCCCAACCCUGCUCCCCGGAGGAACAGGAGCCGUCGUCGCCACCGCAGCCUCCACAGUCCCCCAAGCAGCGGUCUCAGACGCAGACACAACCCCCAGAGCUGGAGGAGGGCUUGUGUGGCUGGGGAAACUUCAAUCCCGGCUGCCUGCAGCGCUGGAACAACCCCAAGGGCUACCUGUUCCACUACUGCCUCCUGGCUCUCAUUGUAGGUAUUGUGGUAAAUGGUUUAGUAAAUAUCAGCAUCUCCACUAUUGAGAAACGCUAUCAGUUGAGCAGUUUCAUGACUGGUCUUGUGUCAUCAAGUUAUGAUAUUUCAUUUUGUUUAUUAUCAUUAUUUGUAUCAUUUUAUGGAGAAAGAGGACAUAAGCCAAGAUGGCUUGCAUUUGCAUCCUUUAUGAUGGGAUUGGGAUCACUUAUAUUUUCUUUGCCUCACUUUACUAGUGGAAGAUAUCAAUUGGAAUCUGCAUUUAAAGAUACCUGCCCAGAAACAAGAAUCAACAGCACUUGUCAACAUUAUAUAACAUCUUCACUUUCAAACUAUCUAUAUGUCUUCAUACUUGGACAGAUGUUGCUUGGAGUUGGAGGAACACCUCUCUAUACUUUGGGAACAGCCUUUAUUGAUGACAGUGUUCCCACACACUUGUCCUCUCUCUACAUAGGAAUUGGCUAUGCUAUGUCUGUCCUUGGCCCUGCUAUUGGCUAUGUAUUAGGAGGACAACUUCUAACCAUCUAUGAUUCCAAUAUAGAAGAAGACAUUGACAUCACUGAAGAUGAUCCACGCUGGCUGGGUGCAUGGUGGAUAGGGUUUCUUAUUUCCUGCUUCCUGGGAUGGUCUCUAAUUAUGCCUUUUUCUUGCUUUCCAAAGCAUUUACCAGGCACCACUUUAAUAAGAGCUGGAAAAGUUUCUCAGGCCCAUCAGGAUGACAAUAUAACAAGAUUUCAGGAUGAGGAAUUUGGAAAGAGUUUUAAAGAUUUUCCAGCAUCUCUUCUGAUUUUGCUGAAGAAUCCUGCCUUUAUGUGUUUAGUUCUAUCUACCACCACAGAAGCCUUAAUUACUACUGGAUUUGCUACCUUUUUACCUAAAUAUAUAGAAAAUCAAUUUGGAAAGUCAUCCAGCUAUGCAGCUACCCUUGGAGGGAUUGUUUUAAUGCCAGGUGCCGCUCUUGGGCAGAUUUUGGGUGGUGUCGUUGUUUCCAGGUUCAGAAUGUCUUGUAAAGAAGCUAUGAAAUUUGCAGUACUUUCAUCUACAGCAUCAUUCCUGCUGACUAUGACUUUAAUUUUUAUGAAGUGUCCAAAUGAGGCAUUUGCUGGAGUUUUUCAACCAUAUAAAGGAGCAGAAAGCAUAGGAAACAUCACAGCCCCUUGUAAUUUGAGGUGUAAUUGCUCUCGCUCAUUUUAUUAUCCUGUCUGUGGAAGAGACAGUCUCCAGUAUUUCUCUCCCUGCAUUGCAGGUUGUACGUCUUCAAAUACAAUAGACCAUCAAAAGGUAUAUUAUAAUUGUUCCUGUGUGGGACAGAAGAAACGACUACUAUCAACUGUGGAGGGUGAUGUCAUAGAUGCUCAAGCUGGGAAAUGUGAAUCAAGAUGCAAGAAUUUACCCAUAUUCUUUGCGUUUUUCUUUGCUACAGUUGUGUUUACUUUUAUGGCUGGUACACCAAUUACUGUGGCCAUCCUCAGGUGUGUGUUUGACAGACAGCAUUCUCUUGCCCUGGGCGUACAAUUCAUGCUUAUCCGAUUAUUGGGCACCAUCCCUGGGCCAAUGUGCUUUGGCAUUGCAAUAGACAGCUCUUGUGUAUUGUGGGACCUUAACGAUUGUGGAGUUAGAGGAGCUUGUCGGAUUUAUGACAACUUCAGAAUGGCCUAUAUGCUGGUAGGAAUAAGUAUCAUUUGUAAAAUAAUCACUAUCCUCUUCAAUACUUUUGCACUAAUGUUAUACAGACCUCCUUCAUCAGACACAAGUGGAUCAUUGCAUUCAACCAAUCAAGAGGGUGAUCAAAGAAUGAAUCUUGAAACCAAGACUUUUUAA